AUGUCAAGUUCGCCUUCAGAUUUUGAUAGCGAUGUGGAUUUUUCUGACGAUUCAGAUCUAGAUAUAAGUGAAGGAGCAGGGGUUGCCAAAAUUUCAAGUGGCGCUCAAGUUGAUAAGCCAGCAGAACCAAAACAAUUAGAAAUUCCCGUUAAAGCUGAACCCAUCAUUACUCAGAUAGUAGAAGAAAUAAAGCGAAUUUUACCCCCAAAGCCUCAAAAGCCAAAAACUGCCAAAGCAAAAGCCCGCCGUUCAUUAAGCCUCAGCAGAAUUCCAUUGCUAAAUAAAGAAACCAUAAACAAAGACACAUAUGAUAUUGAGAAACUUCUGAAUCCAAAAGUCCAAAAAGCAGCACUCCAAACUUUAGGCUUAGAAAAGCAAAUUUCUCUUCCAAAAAGUUUCAAUUUGAAUUUAGAAAACGAAACAAAGCCAACCCCAAAAGUUACUGAUGUCGCUAACCGCCUCUUAGAGAACUGGGAAAAAGUCAAGGCAAAAAAAUUAGCAAAUAGAGCACAAUCAGACCAAAAGGAGAUGGAGCAGUGCCCAUUUAAACCUAAAAUAAAUAAUACUGAAGCCAAAAACCGAUCACAUGAUGAGUUUUACGAAGAUAUGAAAAAGUAUUUAGAUGAAAAACUAAAAAAAAUAAAAAAUAAACAAGACGAAAAUGAAGAGCUUAUCAGAACCAAAAGCUUAGAACUGCCUUUUACACCUUUACUGUGUGCAUAUUCAUUGAAAAUUGAGUCAGCGAAAGCAGAAAAUACCAUGCCUAGGCACGAAAGACUUUAUCAGCUUCACAAAUCAAAAGAUAACCAAAGCCUGCAAAGUAUUCUGCGAGACAAAUCAUUUGCUUCAACCCAAAUGACCCAAUCAACUGAUGACUCCCAGGUUUUAUUCCACCCUACAGUGAAUAAAAGAUCCAAAGAAUUAGUGAGAGACAGCUCAGUUGAAAAUAUUUUAUAUCAAGAUGCCUUAAGAAGACAUCACAAAAGUGUUGACGCUCCAGCUCCUCGAGUCCCUGAUAAAGUCAUAUGCAGCAACUCAGAAAAAGUACUAAUAGAAAAACUGAAAAAUGAAUUUGAAGAUGAGUGGAAUCUUGUUGAUAUUGAUGAUACAAAUAUCGUCACAUAUUCAAGAAUGCUGGAAAUACUUAGAAGCAUGUAUUUCUUAUUGAAUCCGAAAAAACAAGAAGAAGCAAGGCUGCUUACAUUAGAUCUUUGGAAAAUUUUAGAAUCAAGCUAUACGCCAGUGAAUAAAGAGUCACUAGUAGUAGCACUUAUUGCGAUUAUGGGAUUUUAUCAGGAAUGGAUGAAUGAUGAAGAAAAGUUUCCUAAUAGGUUGAAUCUUUCUAAAGAGCAAGCGAAAAAACUUCAUUUUAGGAAUUCCUUACUCUAUGAGAACAGAUUGUCUGUUGUAAAUAAAAGCACUAUCAAUAAAACAUAUAGGGAAAACUAUGAUUUUUCAUUUAAGCCUCAAAUAUGCGCACAGUCAGAAAGGUUAGUUACGUCUUCAGUUGACAAAAAGCUGAGGAUAAUUAAAUAUGGCGUCUUAGUGUUUCGCGGUCGGCUAUGCUGAUUUCUUUUGAGGGCAUAUUUUAAUUAUAUCCGGCAAGUUUUUCCAUACAAAAAAUCGAAAAAAAAAUGCUAGGCAAGCAAUUCUUGAUGUAUUAGAGCCUAGCCCAAGACUGCUUUAAAGGAUCGAUUUUCACCUCAAGGGCAAGAGUUACUGAAGCUUAAAAGGGUCUACCAGCAAUAUCUACAGCAAUGCCUAGAUCAAUCGGGCACUUCAUCAGCGUGAAACCAGAAAUUACGACUUGGGCUACGUAUAACUCUUUUUGACGAGAGUCAACUAAAAAUUCUAUUUUGGGGAUUUUUGUGUGGACAACCGUUGUUUCCCUACUCAUCAGCCUCAGCAAGCCACACAAAUCCGAAGACUGCCCGCUCAAAACUUGAGCCGAAAGGCAAGGAGGAGACACUGCCAUCCCUGGUAGAUGACACUGUCGCAAAGUGGUUGACUCGCCUGAAUCUGAGAUCCUCGGUAUUGCGUUAAAUUAGGGCGAUAGUUUGUCUAUUAAUAAGCUAAGUUAAGAGACAAAAAGCCGAGGAAUUCAGAUUCACUAGCAGUUGAGCUGUAUAGAGAAAGGGUAAAACUCCAACAGAAACAAGACGCUUUAAAACAAAAAUUCAGUGAAUUAGAGCUUAAAGACUGCACCUUUGCCCCUAGAGUAAAGGAAUUGCCUAAAUCUUAUCAGCAGGCUAAAAUAACAGACAAAGAAACACUAUCAAAAGACUACAAAAACCUCAUAAGCUCUGCUCCUACAAAAGUCGAAAGAACUGCUGCAUUGUUUUCUUUGGCAUCUUUGGAAAAAAAUAGAAAGGAAAAUAACUAUAAGCCUUAUGAAGAACAAGAAGAGGAAAAAAAUAAAGAAGAUCUGACGUUCAAGCCUAAACUGUAUCAGAGAGAAAAAAUUGAUGAAGAUAAAGAAAAGCAUGCUGGGGUACAAGAAACAGUGGAAAGAAUUGUAAAAGCAAGAAGAGAUAGAGAAAUAGUAAAAGCAUGAAGAGAAAAAGGAUGGACUAGGUCUCCUGAGUCUCGCCAAGCUGAAGCUAAAGAAGAAACGAGAGGCAGAAAUCCUUUAAGGCCUCCACAAAAAGUCCCUGAUAAAAGUGUCAAAGAUAAAGAAACUAAAAAGAUACCCAAAGAAGAAAAAGCGAAAAAAAUCCCUAUCAAAAGGCCAUUUCCCAAGCCUCAAAAUAAGCUGCCUCUUUCUAAAGCUAAAGAAGAAAAGCCUAAGCCAGUAGCUAAGCCAAUAGAAAGCCUAGAAAAUUCAAAAGACUCUAUAGACUCUCACAAUUCGAUAUCUACAGCAUCAUCAGAAAUCCAUGCUGAGUGCCUAAAUAACUCCGGCUCCAGCUUAGAAAAUGGUAAAUUUAUCUCAAAUGAAGUCAUUUACGAAGACGAAGAAAUGGAAAACACUUCAGAAGAAGGAGACCUUCAUCAAGAAAGCACUGAAAAUCAAGACCAAGAAGGAAUAGAAAGCGAAGAAAGCUCUUACUCUGAUGAGGAUGAAAAUACGUUUAACAUAGAAAUCAACCUAGGAAAUGGCAAGACUGAGUAUUUAGCAAUAACAAAAGGAGUAGACCCAGAAGAUUCUGUUAGAGAGUUCUCAGCAAAGCAUGGGAUUACAGGAGAAGCAGAGGCAAAAAUUCUACAGCUGGUGAAAAAUCUUCCUAGUGAAUCCUAA